UCUUCCUCGAAGCUGUUUCGAAGUUGUGGACCAUUGAAAAAGUCUGCUCCUGAAAGUGGAAGUGCUGAAGAUAUCAUCAAGGCGCUUGGUGGUGAUCCUCUUGCCAAUUUGAAUGGGGACGAUUGUGUGGAUGACGGCGACGAUGAGAAGGCAGGCGACGAACUGGCACCCGCGUCUCGCAGGAACCGCCGGAGGAAGCGAAAGGCCCAGUAUAUUCCACCCGUUGCGCAGGCUGUGAAUAAUACAGGUGUAGCGGGGGAAAUGCCUACUAUCGCCAGUCUUGCUGUGAAGCUUAAGAUAAAAAAGCAACAGGCCUAUCCGUUCGGAGAAAGACUCUACAUCGGCAUACUGGCGCUGAAGCUUGCGGCGGACGGAAAGGUCCAGACUUUAUCUAUGUUUCAUCUCGAAGUAAAUAAGUAGCUUCUGGCUUAGUUUUGUCGAUGUGGAUUCAGUACAACACCACGUGCAGGCCUAGGCUGCUUACUGAUUCGAUAUGGAGUACCUAGCUCGAGCGACAAAGCACUUACUUACGCUACCGGGCACUGCAAGCAUCAACCUAUCUUGAUUAUUCUACUUACAUCCAGGGGCGUGGGCGGUUGCAUGUUCCUUCGGCGGCGCGGAUUAUAUUCCAGAACCCGCAAGUAGGGCGGAAGUAUAUAGACUUGGUGUCGCGAUGCAUGGAAAUGGGCAGGAGCGAGUUCUCUCAUUCUGAACGCAAGGAUUUGUUUCGCAACUUUACAGCUGAGGCAAUCAAAAGCCUCGUUGCUGAAAAAUUUGGGAAGGCUGAGAUUGAACGGCUGCGGGCGCCGGGGGGUUCUACUUACUUAUUUUUAUUUCUACUUUUAUUAUUUCUUCUUUUCAUCUCAUGCAAAAAAGAUUAUUGACUAUCUAAGGUUCAACAACUUAUUUCUACUUUUAUUAUGUCAAUAUUUAUUUAUUACUCCCUAUUUAUUUACUACUCCAUAAUAGCUUGUUGUACUAUAUUUGUUCUUUUUCAAACUUCAGAUCCAGACUGUGACUUUCAUGAAAAUCAAUGACGCCCUCAUCCACUGACUUCCAGUACGUUCCGCUUCCAAAAAUCCAGGUGGCCGGAAAGUCAUCAAUGCAGGAUUACACGAAGACCUUUUUGAUUUGUUUUUGCACAUGCGAACACUUGGCACGAAAACAAUUAUGGAACUGAGUAUGAAUGGAUUAGACUGAGAGAUGGGCGCCUGACCUCGAGGGGAUCACUCAACGUCAAACGUCAGGCGCUUGCUUAAGAUAGCUUGUUCAUGUUUUACCUUUCCAGCCUAGAUAAGCAAACUGAAUCUACUUCAGUAAAAAACAUCUACAAGCAAGUACAACAAGGAUAACCGCUUGCGCAACUUUCAUUGCAGCGCGCACGCUUAUGAUGCAGGUCGCCAUGGAGCUCGGGAAGCAAAAGCGGGACGCGCGAGAAAGUGUGCCGGUGAUUACUCGGGACUGGGUAACAAGAUGGGCUCUUAAGGCGAUGGAUGGGCAAUAGUAAUUAUAAGUAAUAUUUUGGAGCAUUUCUGCUCGCAGCGAAUCUUUACCCACUCGAAGUGGUCGCGUUUAAUAGGGUUGAGUGGGCGAUUGGAGUUGAUUAAUUACUGCUUCUUCAUCGUUGUGCGCCCCAUACCAUGUUGGGGCCGGCUCAUUUCUCUACUCUCUAACGUAAUAUCUUACGGGCUAGCGUUGAGGAUGCCAAAUUCACGGCCGAAACUCACGGAAGAGGAAGCCGCUUCGCGGUAUUUACUUAAGCAUUUGCUUUUUGCUAACUCUAGCCUAAGUCUAAGCACAUGAAGACGAACCAUCUCCAACUCAGGACUGCACGCUUUCAAAGUCGUAUCAUUAUUAUGGACGAGUAACAGCGCGUCGUCGUAUUUAGUCCACUUCGUUGAUAGAUUAAGUUGUCUUGACUGGGAUCCAUUUCCGACUUGGGUUCCGAUUUGCGCCGUGGUCACACUCACAGCGUCCUGCCAACGUGGAAGACCAGUUGGGCGGUUCUUACGUUUUUGCGACGACUCGGCUACGAGGUCCGUUAUGAUGGUGUAUUGGAAUUUAAUCGGCUAAGUACUACUUGACUAAGCUUGCUAUCUAUCUGCGUUUCUGUCUACAACUUCGUCUGUGCGGAUCAGGGCCGGGCGCGUCCCAAGUACUUAGAAUUCCUUCGACAUGGAGACGUCGUUGCCCAGCCUCAUUUUACAUCUUUAUAAGUUAGCGACUUCUCUUCUUCAUGCAGAAAAGCACUGCGUUUCUCUAAGUCUCAAUAAGAGCGCUCGACGAGAAGCCUCUGUUUAUGAACAGCACGAGCGAAGGCAAGAUCCUCGCGCAGUCGGGUAGCCGGACGGUAACGGUCUGCGAAUUAAGGCGUGCCUCUAGUAAGUACUUACUUAAGUAGUUGAGGUUUAUUCGCUAGGGAAUUUUUCAUGUUAUUUAUUUCUUCUCCACCAAAUUCGACUACUUAGAGUUUUUAGGCUGUAGAGUUAUCUCCAGAUCAGUAGGGGAGAGGCAUCCAGGUAAGUAAUUAGACUGAUUGACCUCAUCUAACCUGCGCACAUGGCCAGACCAGGAGCAGAUACACGAUGCUGACGCAGUGCGUGGAUAGAAUUCGUUAUGUUGUGGAUGAACGAGUUGCGCAAGGACACGCUCCGUGUCUUUUGUCGCAGUAUUUUCUAGUGCAGUUUUUUCAAAGUAUCUAAUAUCAACUAGCUACUCUCCCUCGCCUCAUUUGCGCUUUACUCCUAGCGAGGAAGUGAAGCAGCGUGUCCACUUGAGAUUGAGGACGAGCGCAGUUUCAUUUUAUAUUUAUGGGAGGUUAGUAUUAGUGAGUGCCUCUAAUCCAUACCGGGUCUGCCGUCUCCUCCGACUGUCGAGGUCUUGUUCCGCGGUGGUGACAAUGUAAAAUCGAAAUUAGACGCUGCGAGGCAGAACGCAGUGAAUGGCGGAGAUCUGCCAGACAGGGCGCUGGUGGUGAGGACGGGCCCGAAGGGCAGCUAUACUCGUGAAAUCUUUCAGACGUCGGUGGACCAGAUGUUGGACCGAGAUCCACCGGCAGCCUCUGAGGUGGACUACUUUAUUUGGGACCACUACCGUGGGCAUAUGCUCGACCAAGAGCCACUAGUCGAGAAAGGAGGGCUGUACAGUUUUGUUGGCGCUGGUACGACGGACCGGAUUCAGGUUUUACGAAGUGGAUGAGUUCAGAUUGUACCUGUCAAGUAAGUACUUAGCUACUGAACUGCUGAGUAAAAAGAAGUUCUUUCUAUCAUGUUUCUAAGUGCAUGCGCAUACUUACAUUCCCAAGUCGUUUAACAACUCGGAAAUAUUUUCUCUGGAGGUGCAAGUACUUAGGUUUUUGCGCAACGCCAACUACUCCGUCUUCCUUGGAAUGUGAAGCAUUAUAAAAGUAGAUAGAGAUAGCGACUCCUCCCGGCGAACUUUCUAAUAAGUAACGACACGGAUUGCCAUGGAGACCUGCAGCGCGAAUACCGCAUCGAGGAAGGGUCUGGGGAUGGGGCGCAAAUGCUUGCCGCUAUAGCUCAAGGGGCAAAGACGUGUGUCCCGAUUACGACGCGGGAGGAUGCGCUACGAAGGGCUGCACGAGUUUGGGGACGCCUAAACCAUGGAAAGUACGCCUCGGGGUUUCGUUAUGGCACUCGUAUUUUUAUAGAUUUGAAUAAGUAAGUACUUAUGAAUAUGGAGGGAGCUCGCUUUCUUCGAUAAUUAUGCUGCUACUUUUAUUUGGCUUUGACUUAUCAGAGCUUGGCGUCAGCCCGAUAGUUGCUCUAUGUAUUGUUUAAUCGUCAUCUUCUAACAUCGGCGUAACGGAUAUGAGCCCGACGCCAACGCGGCAGAGCUCCGCUCCGCAUUGCAGCCGUGGUGGAUGUCGAGUCUGGCUUUGCGUAGUAAUCUCGUCGGAGAGGCCUCAGUCGCUGCGGACAAGUUUCGAGAUGAAAACCCUUUAGCGACUAAGCAGGAUGCGAUUCGCUACUGUGUCACGAACUUUGUGGAUAAGUAUAAGCCAGCAGGUGAGCCUGGCGCCGAGCUGGGCCGAAUUUUGGAGGACAACCACGAAGAGUGGCGACAAGCUCGCAAAAAGCAAAAAGAGCUUCUGAAGGC